AAAUGAAUUGAAUAUAUUUGGCACCGCCCAAUUUAUACAUCGCGUUUCUGUGGUGUUUUGAAGCGACUGGGCAAAAUUUUUUAGCGGUUAAUUGUGUGUUGAUUACAAAUUUAUUUGAUUGUGUUUGGCCAAGCUGACGUGUAUUAAUUGUUUGUUGGAUGUCAGUGCAUUUCCUUCGGGUUGUCUCGAUACCUGUCUCGAUAUCAGCUUAGUUAACUUUAGCAUGUACGACUGCGUCCAAAGUAGAAAAGCGUGAGUUCCAAGUGUUGAAAAAAGCUAGCAACAGUUACAAGAUGGAUAAAGUACUGAACAUUAACGAAUCUAGUGAAAAGGAUUUGGAAAUUGUUGGCCUCAAGGGUAGUGUUGCUGGUGUAGACAGUGAACCUACUGCAGUGUUGAAGGAAACUGUUGACAAACCCUCUAUAGAUUCUGUAUUUGUUGUUGAACGUGUAGUUAACGGUAGUGUAUGCACAGUGAAAAGCUCAAGAUCUUCGUUCACAUGUGAAACAGAAGAAAUUGAAAAACAACCCAUCACAGCACCUUCGAUUUCCAAAGACAACUUUCAAGCGAGUCAGCCUGCUAAAAGUGAUGUUCAAAUUGUUGAGGAAAAUCCUAUUGAUUGUACUGACAAUUUAGAUACUGAUGAUAUUCAGAUAAUCACUAAAGUCGCUAAACCAAGCACUGAAAUUGAAGAGUCAUUAUCUGAUAAAGAAUCUGUUUCAAAAUUAAAAAAAGGUCCACCACCCGGUUUAUUACCUCUCGAUAAAAAUUCUACAUCACCAAAUAGCUCUGAAGGUCGAGUACCCCGUAAAGCAGCUAUUAAGUCGGCAGAGAAAAUUAAAGCCAUGGCUCAAAUACUGAAUGCUACACCCCAGUCAACUGGGAAAAAAGAUGUUGGGAAGCAGUCAUUCGGGGAUUGCAGUGACAUAUUAUUGCGCGAUUCCCUACAAGAUCAUAUAGUUAUCGAACCAGAUAUAGAAAUCCACACCCUUUCAGAUGAAUUUCAAAUGGAGUUUGAAGAUGCAGACCCCAAUCCCAUCGGUAAUAACGUCCCUGCAGUAGUCGCUGUUGAUCCGAUAGAAAAAAUAGCGCGAGAAACUAUAUGUUGCUGGUCUUGCAGUAUUUCUCUUUACGAUAGGACGGAUACCCUCUUAUGGGAAUCCAUGGAAUUUUGUUCUGAGAAAUGUUUAAAAACUUACGUGAAAGUUAUAGGCUCUCAUUGCAAUAUGUGCAACUCGCAAGUGGGUGAAAAUAUAUUGGGUAAGCUUUGCGUUCGCUUUGGCACCGUCAUUCGUCAGUUUUGUACAGCCGAUUGUCUGGAGAAGUUUAAAGGUAGCCACAAAUUAUGUACGACUUGCCAGGUCAAUAUGUCGGACAAGGAUAAGGUACAUUGCUCUCCAGUCUGCGAAGAGCUUUCUCGGCGUCUUGUAAACAAAUCCUACUUUUAUGGGAGAAGGUUUUGCGCCGUUUGUAACGAAUUAAAAGAUGUUCAAGAAGAGGUAUUUUUGAAUGGGCGUAGCCACUGGUUGUGCAGUAAACCCUGUCUCAAUGCAUUCCGUUUUUCCAACAAGGUGACUACACUUUCGUGUGAGAUGUGCAGUCGUGGAUUCGAUGUAAAUGUUACUCCACGCUUUGUGUCGAGGAACACCGACAAAGGGUUACUAACACACCACGCAACGUUGUCGUGGUACUGCAGUAGUGUCUGCUUUGCAAUCCAUUUGCUCAGGAAGCGAAGGAUUGAACUAUGUGCUCGCUGUCAAGUAAAGAAAUACAAUGUCGAUAUGAUUCGCAAGCCGACAGGUGACGUGGUGGGCAAAACGAGGCAAGACAAGAAUCAACUGGAGGCACAGAUGUUAUACUUUUGCUCCAUUUACUGUUUCACUCAUUACCCGAUUCCGAUGUCCCGAGAAGCUUCUCGUAGGAAAGCGAUUGAAAGUGCACCUCAGCCCGCUGCUCCUAUGGCUGCUCCUUUAGCUGCUCCUUUGGCUGCUCCACUCCCAGUUCCUUCAAAGUCUUUGGUUGUUGAGUCUUCUUUACGGUGUGUCGCACCUGUACUUUUGAACCCUGUGGUACAACAAACCCCAGUAGUAUCCCGUCCGAUAAUGGUCUACAAUCUCCCGGCUGUCGCCCCAGUUACUCCAUCCAUCAACAGUGCUACAACCUCAGUUUCUAGUAUGGUCGGCACUAAUCAGAUUCCUCCAGCACACACCAACACGACUAUCCUUCCCAUCGAGCUUCAACACAAGAUUGUGUUUGUUCCACCGAAGCCUAAAGAAAUGAAGAACAAAUCUGUCUGGUGUCGCCCGAGUAGUUUUAAUAUGAAUGAAUCGACGAUGAGUCAAAGUGAACAGUCUACUGUAUGUGUAACGGAACCGCUAGAUGUUCCCGAAUCACCUAAAGCUACCCAAUGUGAAAUGGGCACAUCAACUGAUGAGGAAAGGAAGCCACUCUACAUACCUAUACCCAUCCCGAUUCCUGUCCCGAUUUACGUCCCAGUACCGAUGGCCAUGUACAACUUCCCAUCUCCAUUUCCAGUUGGUUUUCCUGUGCCGGUUGUCACCCCGUUCAUAUUUCCUGUUGGCUCCAAUCUUUUGGCUGAAAUGAUGAAAGCUAUCGAAGACUCAAAGAAAAAGGAAGUCGAAAACGAAAUUCCUUUGGCUGAUCCGCCUGCGCCGAAAGACGUCGAUAGCAGCAACGAAUCGAAUGCAAUUGACGUCACCGAAUCUACCCCCAUCAGCCAGCACGAUCUCGUAUCAGAAGAUCGAGAAGACACUGACUCGAUCGAUGUUUCUAACGGAGUAAAUUUCGAGCUAGAAAUUCCAUCAUCUAGCAUUUUAGUUCGAAAUGGAAGUAGGAAACGAUCGCACUCGACUUCACAUUUUUCGCUGCCGGUAUCCAAACGGCUAAAGGAUGUCGAUAGUAGCAAGAGCUCGAGUGACAGUGAAGAAUCUAUCAAAACAUCCAGAUCCGACUCUCCCAGUCUGCAUGUCAUAGGUGGUUUCCAAAAAGAAGUGGGUGUCAAGGCGUGGACCGAGUGGAUGAAGCGAAAAGGAAACCAAAAGCCCGCUCUUUCUAGACUUUGCGAAAUGAGUGUUAUGGAUAUUAAUAGUUCCCUAAUAGCUUUUGUGCAACAAAUCAAGAAACCUGACGGUGAACCAUACAGAGCAGACAUCCUUCUCUAUUUCAUUUCUGGAUUGCAAGAAAGCUUAUCUUUUGGGGCAGACUUCCGUAGGCAGAAUUUACUGAUGGAUGCCGCUUUGUUACCUUUUCAAAUCGAAUUGGAUAAGCAGCUGCAACCGUUUUACGAUAUCUUGUUGAAGGGGAUUAAUUCUGACAGCACAAUGGAAGUGACGACCUGUUUGAAAGAAUCUCAUCUGUGGAAAUGUCGCCAGUUGGGUGUUGAUUCACCUAUCGUUCUCGUUUUCACGAUGCUCUAUUUUAACACUAAAUACUUUCGCUUGUACACGCCCGAACAACACCUCGAAAUGUCGUUCGGUAAUGUUCAAAAGGUUACGAAGAAACCUUUGUCUACGGUAGGAGUAUCUAACGGCGGAUCUUCGGGUAAAAUUAUUGCCAAAGUCUUUUCACUUCAAUUCAGUAAUUCAAAGACAGGAAAGGACACAGAUGCGGAUGCGACAGCCACUUUCAAACGUAAGAAACCCUUGGAGAUGCCACAGAACUUUGAUUGUUUGUCUCGUUGCCCUGUGAAGAUUCACAAUUUCUAUGUAUCUAAAUGCCCCGAGGAGAGUAAAACACGUAAAGACAUGUUCUACUUGUUGCCCGAUCCGUCGUGCGCACCGGAAUCGCCCGUAUGGUAUUCAUCCCAGCCAGUGCCCCGUGAAAUUUUGGCACGAAUGCUCCGCCGCGUGUUACUCGUUGAAGAAGUCUUGCAUAACUUGUGCUCGCUUGAUUAACGGUCGUGUAAUACGUACAUACAAGUGAGGGAAGAAUCAGUAUGAAUGUCUAUAACUUUAUGUAUGAGAAAAUUCGAUUCAAAGUAACCAAGCAUGGAAUUACCCUAACCAACUGAAAAUGAAAUGUUGAAGGAAUAACAGUAAAACAUUGUGCUGUCUCUUUUACACGCUCAGUCAAUAAUAAACAUUGAUUCUUUUUUUGUCA